AUGCACUUACUCGGGAGUUGCCCCUUGAGAGGAGCUAUCGCUAUAAUACUAUUUUCCAGCGCAGUGCACGCAAUCGAAUUGGAUAUUACCAAUGAACAGUCGAUCAAAGAUGCUGCGAGUACCUCGACUUACGCUAUGAUGAAAUACUAUUACGGCAACGAGACCGGUCAAAUUCCUGGAGCCUUUCCGGACAAAUGGUGGGAGGGAGCUCCAUUAUUCCUUGCACUCUUAGAGUAUUGGCACUUUACUGGCGACACGACAUACAAUGAGGAACUAAGUGUUGGAUUGCAAUGGCAAUCAGGCACGGACGGGGACUAUAUGCCAAGCAAUUACAGUUCUUAUCUGGGAAACGACGACCAAAUGUUCUGGGGUCUAGCAGCUAUGACGGCCGCUGAAUUUUCAUUGCCGGACCGCCCGACUGGAUUCUCUUGGCUCUCUUUAGCCCAGGGUGUCUUCAAUACUCAGAUCAAAAGAUGGGAUACAUCCUCGUGUGGUGGUGGCCUGAGGUGGCAAAUCUGGCCCUACCAGUCUGGCUAUGCAAUGAAAAAUGCCAUUUCUAAUGGGGGCUUAUUUCAGUUAUCUGCACGUCUAGCCCGCUACACGGGAGAUGCAAUUUACCUUCAGUGGGCUAACAAGAUCUGGGAUUGGUCUCUCUCGUCGCCGCUGCUUAGUAACUCAACGUGGAAUGUUGCCGAUUCCACCGAUGUUGAUAAUGAUUGUGCGACUCAAGGAAAUGCCCAAUGGACGUACAACUACGGCACGUACCUGAUGGGGGCAGCGUAUAUGUACAACUAUACAAAUGGGACUACCCAAACUCAAUGGCUGACGGCCGUAAAUGGCUUGUUAAACGCGACAUUUGACAACUUUUUCAUCACCGGUGGAAUUAUUGAAGACUAUUACUGCGAGCCCGCAGAGAACUGCAAUAAUAACGAGAUACUCUUCAAAGGACUGACUUCCUCUUGGUUGGCAUUGACUGCUCUACUUGUUCCAUCAACAUUUGACAGCAUCCUCGCAAAGCUCCAAACAUCGGGUCAAGCAGCCGCUGCAUCUUGUACUGGCCAUAGCAAUGGAACUUGUGGUGUCCAAUGGUAUAAGUCUACAUGGGACGGUUGGAUGGGAAUGGAAGAACAGAUCAGCGCGACAAAAGUCUUCACAUCCAAUUUGAUCAAUUUCAAAAAGAGUGCCCCGGUAACCUCGACCACUGGCGGGAACAGCACCAGCAAUCCAACAGCAGGUGAAGAUGACACUACUGCGUCCAGUCAAGAGACGACUGCAAUCACAACUGCUGAUAGAGCGGGAGCUGGAAUCGUGACCGCAGUUUUCGUGGCUGGCUGGAUUGGACUAAUGAGCUUCAUGAUGGUUGGUGGUUGA